AUGCGCCAGCAGCUCUUCUUGACGCGCCAUCGGCCGCUGGUGCUUAGCACCGUGCGCUCCUUCUCUGGCCGCCAGCAGCGCGCACCGCAUGCUCAUUCAGCGCUCGCCGGAUCCAUGAAAGAGGAUGCAGAGUACGCUGCAACAGCCGAUGCGGCCCGACUCUUUUCGGAAGUUAUACAGCCAAGUCGACGUGCGGGUGUGUGGAAGCGCGAGCAAGAGCUGAUGUCCUGGAGCGACUAUUUCGCACUGUAUGACCCGGAGACGCCUUGGCGGGACGAUCCACGAGCUCUGCGUCUGCUGUCGUCGGCUUAUUCCUAUGUCUUGACACUCUGCAAGUUUUUGCCCGAGUUGAUGGACCAGAGAACGGUAGAGAGCCGAGAGAGAAGCGUGGAGCUCCAUGUGAUUGGAGCACGGGCGGAAGCUAUGAUGCCUCGGUAUUUGUGGGACGAACUGGCCUUCUUUGCUCCUGACCGAGUGCUUGAUAUCAAGCUAGUGGGAGACCAUGUGCCAGUGAUGUCGGCACGGAGAAAGACGGUGAUGGAGAAGGAAUCUGAGCGUGUUCGAUUGGAGAUGGUCAGUGGACUCUAUCAUGAGCUCGAGCCAAGAUCGCGGGGUACGCCCGAUGCAUUCGUGUUGUAUAAUCCAGGAAUCGGGCACCCUCAGUUGCGUGACAAGUGGGCGCCUACUCUGGAGACUGUGCUCAUUUCGUGCAAGCCAGUGUUGAUCACGUCGUUCAGUCUCGAAGACCAACAAUGUGACAUUGCUGCGUUGCACGACUUGGUAGCAACUAGCCAGGCACUAAAGCAGCAUGAAGUGCAGUUUCGAUGCCGAGCGAAGCAGAACCCGUUCCGCAGCUUGAAGCACCAGCCCGACCCUGCGAAUGUCAGUGCACCUAUUCAGACCAACCAUCGUGUAAUGGUAGUGCAGCUUGUUCGCACUGGAAAGGAAGAAGUGCCGACAGAAUGA